AUGGAUACCGAUUGCCCUGUCCAUGAACAACCACCAUCAGCCCAACAAUACCUACUCAGCGACGAUGUACAAUCCUUCGCGCCUGUCCCUGACAUGAUCGCCAUCUCCCAAGGGGUUCCAGGCAUGAACCCAUACGGCAUGCUACCUGAACCCCACUGGGGACAAUGGUGGUCUCCCGGCGAUGCUGCCUUUACCGAGUCGGCUAACGCUACCGCUCCGAACCUUCUUGGUCAAGAGCAGCGUUUCUCUCACGGCAAUUCCAUCUUGGACCAGGAUAAACCGGAGCAAUGGGGUUCCCCCUCGACUAUAUACAGCCAAACCUUAGCCUCACCAUCAACCGACACGAUAAGUCCCAAUAGUUCACCUGACCAAAGUCAAUGUCGUCGAGGCUCAUCCGCAACUCAGCCCGACCAGCGACGACAAAAACGAAACCCAGCCAAAUCCGGACCCGAACCCACAAAAUCGACAAGACGCGUUUCUACAAGAAAGACACCGAAAGCAAAACCUACUUCUACUGCCGCCUCAGAAAAGCCCAAACGGGGCAGAAAGGUAAAAGCACUUACCAAACCGCCAUUACCGCGACGAUCGAAACAAAAAGACGAAGAUGACGAAGAUGAAUACGAAGAAGUAAAAUUCGACCCUGAACAAGAGUACAAAGAACACAGCAAGAAAGUCCAGGAAAGAAACCGGAUCGCGUCCAACAAGUUCCGCGUCAAGAAACGAGACGACGCCAAACAGCUCCGAAUUGAAGAAGAAAUCGUGGAGCAAGCCAAUCGCAAGUUGAACGAUUGCGUAUCCGACCUGACCAUGCAAGUUUACGACCUCAAGAUGAGGCUGCUGCAGCACACAGACUGCGAGUGCACCUUGAUCAAGGAAUACAUCGCGACCGAGGCUCAGCAGUAUAUCAGGGAGUUGGGUGAAGGCAAGCAUGCCAAUUCGACGCCUGCUCUCACAUCCGCAACCUCAUUGUCAGCAUGCGUACCAUGA